AUGUCUUCAAUUCAGCAGUCUCCUGAUACCCGCGCGACACCGAGCCCAACCGGGUGUGACGAGGUACGACCGCAAUGCACAAGAUGUCUCGACAAGGACAUCCCAUGCGAAUACCCUCGUUUGCCAAAGUCGCGGACGUUGAGGUCACCUCCAUCGGAGACAGAAAGCAUCUACCAAUCUCAGAGCCUCAAUAUCCCAAGUCCAGAUUGUACUCUUUCCACCGGCACCAGCGCAUCUAGUCUCUCAUCGCCUUACGUCGCAACAACACCAAACUACACCUUCAGUGCCAACAUUUUCACUCACGAGAAUGUCGCGCCAUUCGUGGACCUCGGCGCGACAGAACUUGAGCUAUUCAGCUAUUAUCUUUCCCACGCCGCGCGGUCAAUGGCCUACGAUGACGAGGAUUUGUACGCGCUGCAAGUCGGGUUUCCCAAUCUUGCAUUCAGAAGCAAACCACUCAUGAGCUCGAUUCUUGCACUUGCUGCAGUGCGCAAAUGCCAUGACAUGCUCUCUGAGGCCGAUGGCAUAGAGUUCGAUGCGGCGCAAGUUCGGAAUCUUUUGGCUCUCGCGGAUGAGCAUCAUAGAGGUUCACUUCGUCAGACGCAAGCCGACAUACCCCAUGCCAACCACUAUGAUCAUGUCGUAGCCAAUGCUCCGCUCAUGGUUCUGUAUGCAACCGCGAACCACGCUGUUCGUAUCAAACUGUCGAAGGCGUUGGCCAACAAGAACGACAAGUGCACCAAUUUGCCACCUGCGCAGCUACACUGGAUGACGCUCAUUCGCGCCGCCCAUCUGGCAUAUACAGGUCUCCUUCACUCUACCAAAGAUUUCAGCCUGUUCGAUGAUUACACGGCUAGUCCUCCGACAAUAACUUUGAACCAGCCCGUAAGUGGGCUUGUUCCGAUGGCUGAGAGUGGACCGACUGAGCGGACGGAGAAGCUGCUUAUGCCUAUCAUCGCUGCGACAUCUGGCUCUGCGCUCGAGAAGUUACGCACCAAGGCACAGACAUUGCAAUUUUCUAUGCAUCUCGCCUCUUCUUGGGACUCUUCGAAAGAUGACGGCGAGCUACAAGCCUGCCUUGUAGCUCUGGAGGCUUUGAGCAAUAUCAUGAGCGAGUUGUUCGCGCCGAACGAUGAAAGCUGCGCUACAUCCUCUGAACAACCCGACUUGGAAUAUGGCUGGGCUGCAUUAAGCCAGCUCUCGGAUGUCUCGCCUUGGUUACGGAAUUAUAUGGCCCGAGUGACCUUCUCAACGCCACCAAAGCCACUACGCCGAACAAUUAUGUGGUUUUUGAACCGCGUACCAAGAGAAUAUUUGAGUAUCGUUCAAUCAACAUUUGACAACAUUCCGGAUAACGUGCCCGACGAAGGAAUCAAUUGCGACAAUGGUAUUCCUUCCGACACUUCCCGUCUUGCGAUGGACAUCUUUGCUCACUGGCUUGUUUUGGUCAUGCUGUUGGAUGGUGUUUGGUGGAUUGGUGGGAUCGGGGAGUGUGAGUUGACAAAAGUCAUAAAAUACCUGAGUCGGCAACGGGAUGAGUCUUCUGGAUCAGAUAAAUCUUGGUGGCCAAGUAGUAUGCUGAAUAUUGCCUUGGAAUUAGGGAAACAGGACCAGAUUUAG